AUGAUCCCAUCGUUUACAUCUUCACCCGUUUACGAUAUGUCAACUGGAAUCUACUAUACAACUGGUGCUACUGCGGUAAUCCCAACACCUGCCUACGAACUGAUACCUCAUAGAGUCUUCGUCGGCGGCUUUCCGGCUAGUACAACUGAGCUGGAGCUUAGAGAACAUUUUGAGCAAUUUUUCACCAUCAAAGAAGUGAAAGUGAUUAGAAGCGCUGAUGGCGUAUCGAAAGGUUAUGGUUUCAUUACAUUCGAUACCGACGAUGAAGCGGACACAGUUCGCGGAAUGUCUCCAGACAAACUUGAGUUCAAAGGUCGUAAGUUGAACCUUGGGCCUGCCCUUCGAAGGAUGUCACAGCGCUAUUCUACUGAUUAUGCAAUUGCAACACCAACAGGAUUGGUACAAUCACCUACAUAUGGUUACACCUAUUCAUUUCCUCCGCAGCCACCAUUUGUUAUGGUUAACGCACCACAAGCUUAUGUUUACACACCUGGUUCACCUGUCCCUCAGGCAAUGAUCUACCCGGUUGCAGCACCGGCAAAUACUCAGGCUGCUGUAGAGCAGCCGGCUGCAAAUCCUGCAGCGAAUGGAACACCUAACACUCCAGACAGCUCUCCUACUCGUGCUCAAGCAAUUGCUCAGAAUGGUGAAGCUGCUAUGCCAUCUGUCGCCAAGAUACCAGCAACUCCUCCAGCCACUGCUGCCAGUUCUUCUAUGUCGGUAGUCGCGGCGCCAGUGCCGCCACAGCAGCCACAACCAUGUAUUCAGUAUCCGGUGUAUGUGCAGCCACAAGGACCUCCAACUCCGGUGCGGAGCCUUUGA